AUGCGGGUGACGAGAUUAUGCCGCCGUGUGGUCUCCGCAAGCAUGGUGAUGCUUUUGAUGGUGUGGCUGAUCAAGUCUAUCGACCCCAAUUCUAAUGUUGAAAAGCAGUUAAAAUUGCUUAAAAGCCAAGGAAAUCCUAACUCAUCAAGAUUGAUGUGGAUACUAAGUAAGCCAGAACUGGCAGCGCUUUUUCAGGCGUUGUUUUUGCCAGAGACCGCUGGAUUAAACUCGGAAUUUUGGAAUGAUGAUUACACGUUGAAAGACCUAACUGAGAGUACGCGUGUGGCCAGUGGCAAUAAAUUGUGGGGUUUGAGGUUUCCCUACUACACCUUUGACGCUCGGCUCACGGCUGCUGUAUAUUAUAAGCAUGUACAGAACUCCCAGCACCGGGGCGAAAUUAUGUUCAGUUGGUACGAUUGGAAGAAUCUGGGUAGCGUUCUCAACCCAUUAAUCACCUCUAAACCUCAAGAAAACCCACAGUGCCAAGACAUUUUUGAAGCCCCUGAAGAAAGCCAACGCAUAGUAUCCAGUAGCAACAAAUGGGGCUCCUUUCCCAAAGCUUCUCUGGAAAACUCUCUAUUAUCCAGUUACUGUACCAAUUCACAGAAGUCUCCAAUCGGAUUUGAAGUUCAUAGGAUUCAGCCGCAUAGCGAUGCUGAAUCGCUAGUCUUACAAUCCAGUUCGUUUUUAUUUAGCGGCGGACUUGUUCCCAAAAACUUGGUCUUUUUAUCAAAAGAUGGCCCAGCUGUGCAUACAAGUGUGAAAAACUCAGCAGCUUAUUUGUCACUUGCUUCAAGCGAUCUCCUCGAAGAGUUUCUGUCAAGUCAUGAUGAAUUGGAGAGUACCCUGGUUUUUGAUCCUCUAAAGGAGAUCAAGAACAUACAUUCAAAACCACCUUUUCCCACCCCGAAACCUGGUAGAGGUUUUCUCUUUGAGCUAAGCCCAGAAGCUUUCGAGUUCGAUCUCAUCUCCCAAAAAGAACUGCUUUCCCAGUCUGAAUUUCCUUUUGAGAGAGAGUUCAGCUAUUUGAGUUCCCUUAGAUUUGCGCAAAGUUACGAUUCUAGUGGAGACAACAAAUUCAAGUACUUCUAUGAGAGUUCCAGCAUACAAAACCACCCCGACAACUUUCAAAACCAUAUGGACAUCAGAUUUUUUUCCGGGUGGGUACCGAAAUGGAAAAGGUUACGUACUUUAAACUCUCUCAUGAGAACAUGGCUUGAUUUUACCAAAUCGGAGAACUUGACUUCCUGGCUGGCGCACAGCUCUCUCCACGCAUACCUUUAUAGUGGCUCACAAUUUCCGUGGGCGGCGAGCCAGAAUGUUCAGAUGCCAAUACAGGACUUACACAAAUUGGCCAUGUUCUACAAUCAGACUCUUGUCAUUGAGUCUCCAUCGGAAGGCUACGGGAGGUUUUUCAUAGACGUUCAGCCUUUUAUAUUCUCACGAGACCACGAUGAAAGUCUUGAUAAGGUUGAUGCAAGAUUCAUAGAUAUCGACACAGGGCUAUUUAUCGAUAUUUUGGGAGUUGGGUUUUCUUCGAACGCUCUAACAAACACCAGAAUCAUGUCGCAGCUUAGAAACGAGAGAAAUCGUAAUCCUGAUGUGUUAACACCCUCAGACGACGAAAGCGGCUCGAAACCUUUGGAAGACCAAGCCUCAUAUAAAAAUUCACGCUUCAACAGAGCUAACGAGAUUGUUUCUGAAAAAAGCGGCAAAAGUUAUUUGCUGUCCGACAUAUCGCCCUUGCGUAUCUCAAAAUAUCACGGUAAGCAAGUGAAUAUACCUCAUCGUGCUUUAACUAUUGCUAAAGACGAAUUUCAUAUUGUGCCAUGGCUUUUUGGACCGAAACAGAGGCAGGAAAAACAUAGGUUUGUACCAGCUUUGGGCUCCUGGCUAGAUCUACCAACAUUAAAAGCUUUAUUGGGACCCAGGCGUGUGCAAGAAGCUCAUACGAUAACAGCGUCUCAAUUGGAGCAGGCGCUCGAGAGCUUGCUUGAAAAGUCCGCAUCACAUUGCGAAGAAAUGCUCUCCUGGUUCAACUCCCAGGAUCAGUUUAAAUUCCGCCUCGAAGAGUUGGCUAUUGAAUCGUCGAAUUUGGACCUGAAUAGCAAGUAUGAAUUGUUGCAAGCGUUGCAAACAAACUAUAGAGAUUUGCCGUCUUCUUACAAAGAUCCGUUUUUGCACGAAAAGAAAGAACGGAAAUGGGAAGAAUGCACCAAGCAGGCAAAUACUGCCGUAGGGUCCCAAGAAUAUUCAAACAUCAUUAUUAAAGAGGUCAUGAAGUCACUCGUAAAGGCGUUCGUGGCGAAUCAUGGGCUAAAGCUGAAGCAUGAAGAGAUAAGUGCCCACGAUAACAUUAGUCAGCUGGCCCCAACAUCACUGUAUAACUUGAGGGAAAACAGCAUGGAACCGUUACUGGAGGCACCUCAAGCGCUCAAAGCGGACUUUACCCUGUAA